AGCAAAGGGCAGGCGCCGCCUGCAGUUGCCAGACGCUUUACGGUGACGCGACAGCAGUGCGUUGACGCGCUGAUGAGCCGCGGCCUCCACGUCUUAAGUUCCGCAAAGGCCUGUGGGAGCGACCCGGGAGAAGGAGGGCCAAGAUGGCGAAAGCGGCAGAGUCUUCGGGAGAGCCGGGGACAACGUCGCCCAGGCCCCUGUUUGCAGGCCUUUCUGAUAUAUCCAUCUCACAAGACAUCCCUGUGGAAGGAGAAAUCACCAUUCCUAUGAGAUCUCACAUUCGGGAAUUUGACAGCUCCACGUUAAAUGAAUCUGUUCAGAAUACUAUUAUGCGUGAUCUAAAAGCUGUUGGGAAAAAAUUCAUGCAUGUUUUGUAUCCAAGAAAAAGUAAUACUCUUUUGAGAGAUUGGGAUUUAUGGGGCCCUUUGAUCCUUUGUGUGACACUUGCAUUAAUGCUUCAAAGAAGCUCUGUAGAUAGUGAAAAGGAUGGAGGGCCCCAGUUUGCAGAAGUCUUUGUCAUUGUCUGGUUUGGUGCAGUUACCAUCACCCUCAACUCAAAACUUCUUGGAGGAAACAUAUCUUUUUUCCAGAGCCUCUGUGUGCUGGGUUACUGUAUACUUCCCUUGACAGUGGCAAUGCUGGUUUGUCGGUUGGUGCUUUUGGCCGAACAAGGACCAAUAAACUUCAUGGUCCGGCUUUUUGUGGUGAUCGUGAUGUUUGCAUGGUCUAUAGUAGCCUCUACAGCUUUUCUUGCCGAUAGCCAGCCUCCAAACCGCAAAGCCCUCGCCAUUUAUCCUGUUUUCUUGUUCUAUUUUGUCAUCAGUUGGAUGAUUCUCACCUUCACUCCUCAGUAAAUCAGGAAAUGGAAAUUAAAAACCAGUGAAUUGAAAGCUCGUCUGAAAGAUGCAAUUUACCAUUGAGCUUUGCCUGUGGCCCUCUUUUGUCUAAUUUUGGAGAUAUUUUGAGAUGAAAGGGGAGCCAUAAAGCACCAUCACCAUUUAUGUAAGGAACUGGUGUUUGAAAGAUUGUCCUUUUCCUCUUAAUGUCAUUUCUUGAAAAUACAUAGUAUACACAGUAUAGUGCUGCCUUAAGGCAUAAUAGGGUCACUGUGGUCCAUUUGCGUGACAACCAAUGAUUUGGAAAGCACAUGGAUAUAUCCUGCAAGUUGAGUAGAAUUAGUAACUGUAUUUUCAGUUUUGAGAAUACCAGUUCAGGUGCAGCUCUUAAAUACAUUGCCUUAUGACUAUUAGAAUAUGCCUCUCUCUUCAUAAAUAAGAAUCGAUAGUCUGUAUCCAUUUCCUUUUAUUUCUCUCUUAGGCUUAAAAAGGCAAUGACAGAGGUUGGGAAGGGGGUUCAUAACUGGGUAUGAGAAAACAUGCAUCAUGCAUCAACCAGUGUUCAGAUUUUGACAGGGGAAAAUUCUACACUUGUUGCUUUUUUAAAAAGCAAAGGACAGCUAAAGAAUUGGCUUCUUUAGUCUUUCCAUAUAGUCACCUUUCUGCCAUGCUUAACAGCACCUCAGUGACACUCUAAUUUUUAAUCUUACCCCCCUAGCUCUGAAUAUGCAAACUGUUCGCAGUUACCAUAUAAUUACUCUAAUUUUUAAUCUUACCCCCCUAACUCUGAAUAUGCAAACUGUUCACAGUUACCAUAUUAUUUUCCUUUGAUUAAAGCUCUCUGUGGACCAGUGCUUGAACUUAUCCAGGUGGAAGACCUCAGAAAUUUAGAUUGAUAGGUCCUUCAUGCAUAUUAUCACGUGGGCACUUUGUUCUUAAUAGUAGGAGGUAGUUUGGAUACAGCAUAGCUCUAAACAAUUAUUCUGCAUAGUCUGGCCUCUAACUAGAAAGUAAAGCUAAAUCAGAAGCCUGCACUUAACCAUGUGAACAUGGAGGGAUUUAGUGUUCUGAUGGCUGGUUCACAAAACAGCUAGAUGCUUAGAGCAUGACGUAGGAUGAGUUGGGUUUACAGCUGCCACCUUUUCAUAGUGGGCUUAGCAGUUUUUUCAUUAGAUGUGCUUCUCAGAUUGGGGAAUAGCAAUUUAUUUUCUUGGUUUUAGACUUUAUUUGUAAAGCUAAUUAACUCUUCUUUAGACAAGUACUUUUUUUGCAUGUGUGCACCUGCUUGUAUUCUCAGCUAUUUAUACACACAAGUGUGAGGGCUUUUCAGGAAGCAGAGUGUCUGGAAAGGCUGAUUUCUAAGCUAAACUGGGCUCCUUUCAGGUAAUAUGAGCUACUGCCUUCUAUAAAUUGCACAUUGAAGAACUCUUAAUAGACAAAAGAUUAGGAGUCAGCAGACAGCAUCCACUGUAUAUACAGUUACUUAUAAAGAUAGGAAUUUAUUCCACAUUUUUUCUUUAUCAUGGAAUUUAAAUAUUUAUUCAUUUUGUAUCUAAAGACUAUCUACACAUAGAUAUAUAAUUUUAAAAACGUAUUUUCUCCAUUCUCAGCUUAACUAAGAACAAUACUAGGACAAAUGUGUUCUUGGAGUGAUAUUAAAUUACAGAGCGUUACAAAGUUGAUUCCCUCUGUCCCAGCCUUGUCCAGAGUUUUUGUUUAUAUCUUUAUUUCAGCUUCCCUUCUAAAUUUUAAAAUAAAUCUUGUGAGCACAAAGCCAAUGUUUCAGUCUUGAAGUGGUAAAGAAAAUAUUUUGAAACUGUUUCUGACUGGUCCAAAAAUAUCAUCCAUUUCCAUUGUCUGAAAUUUUCUAAUUUCUUACCAAAAACAUCUUUCUUCCAAAGUUAUUUCAUACUCUGUCCCAAUGGUUAUAGUGUAAAAUUAAAAAAAAAAUAAUCAUGUUUCUCAAAAGGGAAUUAUCUGCUGGAUUUUAUUCAGGCUAAAUAUUUUGGUCAGAAAUUUUUAGGGCCACAACUGGAGUAGGGGUUGUGUGUGUGUGUGUGUGUGUGGGGGGGGGUUAUACAUAUUGGGUGUUAAGGCAGCUUGUUCUGUCUAUUAACCUGUUGCUCUUUGGUGACUUGAAGAAUGGUUUUAUUUGAUUUAAAUGAAAGUGGGUAAAAUGGAGAUUAUGUUUCUCAAAAUGAAUGAUCAGUUUUGUGGCAUAAAUUAUAUUUUCUUAAUAUAUGAAAAAAAAGUGCAUUGCUUUCUGUGGCAGAAGACCUGAUUAUCUGGAAGUUGUAACCCUCAACACAGCUUUCCCUGAUUUGCUGCAAAGGCACAUGGCUAAUUAUAGAAAGAAAGACUAGAAUAGAAGGGGAUUUUAACAAAGGAAACCCUGUUCCAAGAAUUGGGAAGUUUCAUGCUUUAGAUGAAACUCAAGUGUGUGAGCAUCAUUACCAAAUGUGGUGGAUCAUUGCCACGUGUGGUGCAUCACUACUGUCGUGGCUUAUCAUUUGCUGCUCUUGCCUCUGAGAUUGAGCCUCCACUGUCAUAUUCUUUAGCAAUAGGAAGGGUAAAGACUGGAUUUAAUCGCUGUUCAGAUUAUAAAAACUCAACUGAUGCAAAUGUAUUUGUGCCAUGUAGUCGUAAAUGUCAGUCAUACCAUUAAUUUUCAAGUCUUUUGCAUCUUAAAAGGCUUAUUACAUGAAUUCAAUUGGAUCUUUUUAUUGUGAUGGGGGUUUUGUUUUGUUGGGCAAGGUGGGCUUGUCACAGAGCAUGGGACUGGUAAGCAUUUAACUGUUUACUAUAUUUGUCUUUUUAUAAAUAUUCCCCAGAUGUGGUGAGAAGGUUAGCAAGACUGUAUAUGAAGAUUUAAUUGUAUACUUCUUAUAAGCUAACUACUUACUGUACCUGGACUUCCUGUUUAUUCCUGGAGAUGAAAAUGAAAAUCUCCUGUCAUUUGAAAUCUUUGGGUAACAUCAAAUCAUUGAAAUUUAUCUGAAUGCUAUCAUGAUAUGAUCAGACAUCCAUUGCAUGCAGCUGUUCUAUUCCAUGUAAAAUACUGACAUUGUUAUUCUUUAUUAGACUGUUAAUUUCUGAGACAAUUUGGAUAGAAAUAAAUGUGUGAAUGUUAAUAUAUGUAAAUUAGAAAUACUUUUCUAGAUUCUGUGGGCUUUUAUUGAAAGUAAAGAAUUUCUAGUGAUUUACUCAGGCCAUAGGAUGGCCAUAUAAUAAUAAUAACAGUAAUAUUACUACUAAUAAUGGUUAACAUUUAUUGGACACUUACAUUGUGCCAGGCAAUAUUCUAUUUUUUUAAGAAUUUUUUUAUAACAGCUUUGUUGAGAUAUACUUUACCAAAUUCACCCUUUUAAAGUGUUAUACAAUUCAGUGAUUUUUCAGUAUUUUCACAUAAUUGUGUAAUUAUCACCACUCUCAUCUUAGAACAUUUUCAUCACUUCACAGUAAAAUCCCAUAUCCAGUAGCAGUCACUUCCUCUCCCACUUCUCCCCAGCCUCUGGCAAUCACCAGUAUGCUUUCUGUCUCUGUGGAUUUGGCCAGGCACUAUCAUUAAGUGCAUUUUAUAUAUCUCCUUUAAUCCUUAACAUAAAAUGCUACAGUUCUUAUUUUACAAGUAGAAAAUUGAGUCACAGAAAGUUAAGUAAAUUGUCCAAGGGCAUGCAGUAAAUUGAUUUAAAAUAGGAAAACGUGGGGUGCCUGGGUGGCUCAGUCGGUUAAGCAUCUGACUACUGCUCAGGUCAUGAUCUCAUAGCUCAUGAGUUCGAGCUCUAUCUUAGGCUCAGUGCUGACAGCUCAGAGUCUGGAGCCUGCUAUGGAUUCUGUGUCCUCCUCUCUCUCUGCCCCUCCCCUCUUCACGCUCUUUCUGUCUCUCAAAAAAUAAAUCAACAUUAUAAAAUUUUAAAAAAUAAAGUAGGAAAACACCAUAGAUGGGAGCAUAGUAGGACCAGUUUUGAAUUGCAUUGUUAUGUACAUGAAAUGAAUGUACCCCUUUCCCAGGGUAUGCUCCCUGUCAUUAACCAUUAUACCCUACAACUGACUAGAGAUAGAUAACUCAUUCUUUUUUUCCCCUGAGUAAUAGAACACUAUAUUAGCAUCUGAGAAAAACACAAGAGCAGGUGUACAUUGGAGUUAGGUUUGCUGCCCCCUGCACCUUGAAUCCCUUUUCUCUCCCUUCUCCCCACCAGCACACACACCCCUCCCCCAAAUUCCCAAAGUCUUAAGAGUCAAACGGACUUCUGCCUCUUUCAUCUUAAAUCUUCCAUAGGGAUGUUUAAUGCAUCAAAAUUUAACCUGUUUAUUCAGGUGUUUAUAGUCCUCAGAUGCAUCUAGUCACCUAUAGUACCAUUUAUAUUUCUAAGACUUCAGAAAGCAGUACUGUGAGAAUAAAAUCCUUUUUUUAUUUUGGUUAAACUAGGUGGGGAAAAUAACAGUAAGGGCAUUGCCUUAAUGAAGUCAGUGGUUCUGCCUGGUAGGACGUGGCCACAUGCUGCUAUUGCUCACUCUGUUCUCUUUAUUUCAGAACUUUUUAAACUAUGCCAUCACUGCUGGUAAUUUCUUGGUCCUCUUUAGUACUCCAUUUCAAUCCUGAUCUUUCCUAUAAAUAAUGAACCUGUGGAAAUAAUAAAUCUGUAAAAUGAUUUGUGAAUGUUAAAUGUGCAAAUAAAAACACUGGAAAAGGA